UUUGGGAAGAAUUGACUAAAGUAAGCCCCCUCUCCCCUUGUCUGCCGCAGGAGGCCGUGGAGAAAGUAACAGAGCACAUCCACUCCCUGUCUGGGAAGAAGGACGGGCUGGUGCCCAUGUUCAUCAACACGAACAGCGGCUUCUUCACCCACCCAGGAGUGUUCACUUUGGGUGCCAGAGCUGACAGCUACUACGAAUACCUGCUAAAGCAGUGGAUCCAGGGUGGCAAGAAGGAGACAGCACUGCUGGAAGACUAUGUUAAAGCCAUUGAGGGGAUAAAAACACACCUGCUACGGCAUUCUCAGCCUGGAAAGCUCACCUUCGUGGGAGAACUUGCCCAUGGCCGCUUCAGUGCCAAGAUGGUAAGUUGUAUGGACUGACAGAACCUUCAGGAAGCU